AUGUCCGAGUUUGAAAAUGGUUUGAGAGCUGAUAUCAAGCGGGCUAUUGGUUAUCAAAAGAUAAGGAAUAUUUCUGAAUUGGUAAGCAGCUGUAGGAUUUAUGAAGAGGAUACAAAGGCUCAUUAUAAAGUGAUGAGUGAGCGCAGAGGUAAGGGACAGCAGAGCCGUCCGAAACUGUAUAGUGCUCCUGCUGACAAAGGCCACAAGAGUAAUGUAUGUGAUCGAGAUGAGAAGAAGUGCUUUAGGUGUGGUAAGAAAGGACACACUUUAGCUUAUUGCAAGCAUGGUGAUGUUGUUUUCUAUAACUGUGAUGAAGAAGGUAAUAUUAGUUCACAGUGUACGCAGCCAAAGAAGGUUCGGACAGGUGGCAAGGUGUUUACUUUGACUGGUACGCAGAUUGUGAAUGAGGACUGA